GUUUACAUCGUAGGCCACACGCCACCGGGGAUAGACGAUCGUGAGAGCGGCGCGGCCGUGUUGAGCGAACGUCACAAUACCAAAUAUCUCCAGCUGAUCCGUUUGUACUCGGACAUCAUUCGCGGUCAGUUCUUCGGUCACUGGCACACGGACACUUUUCGCGUGGUUUAUAGCGAUACCGGUGUGCCAGUAUCGUGGAUAAUGAUGGCACCGAGUAUAUCGCCGAGCACACCAGGAGGCCCCAACAAUCCAGGUUUAAGAUUGUACAAAUUCGAGACGACCACCGGUCAGGUGCUGGAUUAUACGCAGUACUAUCUUAAUCUGCCGGACGCGAAUUCAAUCGGGACGGCAAACUGGUUGCCCGAGUACUCUCUGCUCGAGUACUACGAACUUCAGGAAAUUACGGCGAUCGCUCUUCACGACCUGGCCGACCGGUUCACGCAAUUCAAUGAUUAUGCUUUCGUCAGAUACUACGCGGCCAACACGGUCUCGUUGCCGCGGGAAGUGGAACAGAUUUGGGGUUGCGGAGGACCGCUGAACGGAGCUUGCGCCCUUCACCAUUACUGCACGGUGACCCGGCUGAAUCCGGAAUCCUACAGGGAAUGCUACUCGUCGUACGCGUACGCGCUCGCUUCCACCGGCCCAUCCACGCCGCGACUCUACUUCGCGCUGCACCUGCUCGUCCUGCUGGUCUGCGCGCAGUUGCUGAGGAACCGGUAG